AUGGCCGCGUCGCGAGUUAUCAAGCUCCCUCGGGAUGACGAUGAAUCCACCUAUGCUCUCAUCCAAGUCAUCCAAAAGGGUUCCAAGCCCCUGGAUGUGAAGCUCGUUGGCACAGAAGGCGAAGCACCAUAUGUGACUUCUUUGAAACAUGAUCGCGUAGCUUCGCUACAAGUCCCAAACUGUCCCGUCUCCGAGUCUGAAUGGCAGGCCAUAUUGCAAUCUCUGUUCUCGCUCCAACCAGUUGCGGACAUACAAGCAACAGCUAGCAUCGAGAGCGAGGCCUCUCUCUCAAUCACAAUUCGAAAGCGAGUUCAAGGAAUUACACAACGACUCGGCUCCAUAGAGUUAAAGCAUGACGAAAAUGAAGGCAUAGAGCUUUUCAAAUGGUGCGCGGAGACUGCCGAUGCUCUGGCGCAAAGCAACGUGGCCUUGCUCGAAGCCGCCGCCCACGCGAAGGAGCUUGAAGCCACAGUAAAGGAGCUAAAGUCACAACUGGACGAGCUCAUCACAUCAAAAGAAGACGAUGAAACGGCCCUGCUUCUCAAAUUCCGAGAUCUUCUUAAUGAAAAGAAGGUAAAAAUCCGCGAACAGCAAAAGAUCCUUGCCGCCGGUCCAAUCCAAAGCAGCCAACAAGCAUCUCAACGGUUCCAAUCAGUAGACUCUCAGCCAUCUCGCACGCCUGCCCCUUCUCGGCCUAGAAAACGAAAAGUCCAAACAGUGGAAGCUUCCAAAAAUGAGACAGAAGAAGAUGAGAUGGAGGUGGAUAAGAUCAAAGUCGAGCCUCAAGACAGCGAGCAAGAGGAUACAGCAGAAGACACAGCGUCUGGCGGUAGCGACGGUGACAAUGACGAUGACGAAGUUGAUGACAGCAGCCCCGGACCUGCGCCGAAAGCAGCGCCUCCUCCCAAGGACUCAGAUGAUCAACCCCCGGCUCCGAGAACUUUACCUUUUGCAAAGAAACCUGCGCCGUCCAAAGCACCGGCGGCCGAAGAGGAGACGGAAUCUGAUGAUGAUGAACUGUGA